AUGAAAGAACCGCCCAAGCUCUCGGCGGGAGACUACUUCUCCUUGCUCUACACCGUGACUCGUGCUGUGGGCACAUUGACCUUCGCUACCCUCACGGGCUGGUCGAGAGGCGAGGAUUGUCCGCGGGACUACAAGCGGCAUGUCAUCUACAGCACUUGUCGGACGUUGUUUGCGCACUUGUCGGUCAAGCAGAUGCAGGCCCUACAGCCGACCACGAGCGCGGGUUACACGGCUUUUGCGAAGAAGCAGAAGUUCGACCCCGAGAUUGUAGAGCUGGACGACGGUGCCUUGGGGUGCUUCAUGGGGCCCAAGACGGCGAAGAAGACGCUCGUGUGGUUCCAUGGUGGAGGAUACACCUUCCCAGCGGCCGAUCCGCACUGGGCCAUGCUCUGGGAUUUCAUCGAGCUGGCUAAAAAGAACGACGAGCAGCUUCGAGUCAUGGUUCUAGAGUAUGAACUCACUCCCCAUGGCUAUUACCCGUUGCAACUCAAGCAGGCCGUCGCGGGGAUCAAGCAUCUUUUGGAUUCAGGGCUGAAGCCGUCACAGAUUCUGUUUGGCGGUGAUUCAGCUGGAGGUAACCUCGCUGCAGCGCUGAUCGGUCAUCUCUCGCAUCCUCACCCUGGCGUAUCCCCCAUCUCCAUCUCCAGUAAUCUGGGAGGGGCGCUCUUGGUCUCUCCUUGGGCCUCGUUCACACAAGAGCGGGAGUCCUGGAAGAAGAACUUCAAAAAGGACGCACUGGUCCCCGUAACAGUGAAAGUCUGGUCCGACAACUUCAUGGUCAAAUCACCGGUAGACAACUGGAACCAACCGGCAGAAGCGCCGGCCGACUGGUGGAAAGACAUCAAGGUGGACAAUGUGGCCAUCGUGGGAGGGGAGAAUGAGGUUCUCAUCGACGACAUCCGGGAACUCGUAGAGAAGAUGAAGGUGCAUAAUCCUACACUCGAGUACCUGGAAGGCCCCAGCGAAGCGCAUGAUUCCAUAGUAAUGGAUAGAUCAUUUGGGUUGAAGGACGAGUUGGCAUCGGAGCAGUUCAUCCACAAGUGGUCCGAAUCACUCGAUCCUACUGCAGCCGGCGGGCCCGCCAUCGAACUUGCGACCUUUGCCGGCGCCGAAUCCUCGAACAGAGAAAGAUACAAGGAUAGAGAGCGGGAGGCAAGACAGUCGCAGAGACGGCUCCUCAAACUCGAAGAACUCGCCGAACGAGACGACGAGAUGAAGUUCUCCCACAGCAUUCAGUUCAACGCUGUUCCGGACUGGAGCAGCAACUACAUAUCCUAUAGCAACCUCAAGAAACUCAUCUACACCCUCGAGAAACAGAUCAACCGGCCGGUGGGCGAGACCCAGCCCCAAGAUGAAGAACACACCUCUCUGCUGGGCGGCACGCUCGAUCCGGACACUACAUUCAAGCGCAUGCUGGACUCGGAGUUGGACAAGGUCUGCUCCUUUUACAGGUUGAAAGAGCUGGAGAUCUUUGGCGAACUGGACCAGUUGUUGAAAGAUGUCGAGGCCUACAAGGUCGACACGCGCGAUGUGGACAUGGACGAAGUUGUGGAAGCGGAGAAUCGUCGGAAGACCGUGCGCUCAAACAGCAUAUUCAAUGUCCCUUUCCGUCGACGGAGAAGGGCUUCGACGAUGAGUGUGAGCUUGGAGGAACCCGAGGGCGUGGAUGACAGCGAUAGCGACGCUGAAGACAGUGCCGCGAUGAUCAGGAAGCCGACAUCGUCGAACCGGCCAAGGAGUAAGAGCACUUGGAACACAGAUGGAUCGGACCACUCUGCCCUGGCUGAGUCCCGCGAAGACCUACGAGCACCGGACUCGCCCGUGUUUCUUAGGAGGAGACCGAGCUUGGCCAUGGAACUCGAGGCCUCCGACCCCGGCCAUCUAUCGUCGUUGUACGAUUCGGGAAUUAAUUUGAAAAAGCGCAUCAUCAGCACCUACGUGUCGUUAUGUGAGUUGAAGUCCUUCAUCCAACUCAACCACACCGGCUUUAAGAAAGCGGCCAAGAAAUACGACAAGGUGUGCAACCGAGAUAUUCGAAAGGACUACAUGGAGAAGUCGGUCAACCCGUCCUACCCGUUUCAGGAGAAGACCAUGUUUCAUCUGGAUGAGAAUAUCGCAAGGGUGGAAAAGGCCUACGCCGAGGUCGUCACCAAGGGCGACCAGAGCAUGGCCCGAAGAGAGCUUCGACUCCAUCUCCGUGAGCAUGUCGUAUGGGAGCGAAACACGGUCUGGCGAGAGAUGAUUGGUAUCGAGCGGAAAGCUCAAGCGGCCAACUUUGGUAUCAGGCAGACCUUGCUGGGCGGAGUACAGGACCCGUCAAAGGCACGACUGCAGGGUGACCGAGAAGCUAUCGACACAAAGGAAAUCGUUACUCCUGUGGGUCGAUACAGGUGCCCGAAGUGGUUGUUCAGUGGCACCUUGUUCACUCUUCUCGCUAUUCUGGCAGUUUUCCUGGUUCUGCUGUACAUCCCGAUCAUGAAGAGUCCAGAACAGCAAAAUUGCUUGGCCAUGCUGGUUUUUGUGUCGUUGCUGUGGGCGACUGAGGUGAUUCCCCUCUUUGUCACCUCUCUGCUGAUCCCUUUUCUGGUGGUUGUCCUUCGAAUCAUGCGAUCAGAUGACAAACCCCAUCAUCGACUGAACUCCAAGGAUGCGACCAAGGCCGUCUUCGCGGCCAUGUGGACACCGGUCAUUAUGUUAUUGCUCGGCGGCUUCACCAUUGCGGCGGCAUUGUCGAAAUACCACAUUGCAAAGAUGAUGGCAACGUUUGUGCUCAGCAAAGCCGGGACGAAGGCCCGCAACGUGCUCAUCACGAACAUGUUUGUCGGUAUGUUCUUGAGCAUGUGGAUCUCCAAUGUCGCUGCGCCUGUGCUGUGCUUCAGCAUCAUUCAACCCAUAUUGCGGAAUCUACCAUCGGAUAGCAAUAUGUCCAAAGCAUUGAUUCUGGGAAUCGCCCUGGCGUCAAACAUCGGCGGCGCUGCUUCGCCUAUUGCCUCACCGCAGAACAUUAUCGCGCUGCAGAACAUGAAGCCUCCGCCGAGCUGGGGGAUCUGGUUCUUCAUUGCUUUGCCCGUGUGCAUUCUCAGCAUCAUCCUGAUCUGGCUUUUGCUGGUUGUCAGCUUUAAACCUGGCAAAGGGACCACCAUCGUGCCUAUCCGACCGAUGAAGGACAAGCUUAAUGGUGUGCAGUAUUUCAUCAUCCUGGUCACGCUGAUCACCAUUGUCCUGUGGUGUGCUUCUCAUCAACUAGAAAGCGUGUUUGGGGAUAUGGGUGUUAUUGCCAUUAUUCCUCUUGUCUUGUUCUUCGGCACGGGCAUUCUGACCAAAGAAGACUUCAAUAACUUCUUAUGGACGAUCAUCAUCCUCGCCGCGGGAGGUCUUUCUCUGGGCCGCGCAGUCUCCUCAUCGGGGCUGCUCCAUUCAAUUGCCAGGGGUAUCACAGAACGGGUGGACAAUCUGUCCAUUUAUGGAGUCCUCGUGGUCUUUGCGGCACUGGUGCUUGUGGUUGCUACAUUCAUCAGCCAUACUGUGGCGGCACUGAUCAUCCUGCCGCUAGUAGCACAGGUGGGCGAGAGCAUGAAGGAGCCACACCCGAAUUUGUUGGUUAUGGGUGCGGCGUUGAUGUGCUCGGCGGCGAUGGGGUUGCCUACGUCCGGGUUUCCGAAUAUGACUGCAAUCAUGAUGGAGGUGCCCGAAACAGGGGUGCGGUAUCUUCGAGUGCAACAUUUCUUGACCCGCGGCGUCCCAGCAUCUGUGAUUACAUUUGCUAUUGUGAUUACUGUCGGGUAUGGUUUGAUGAUUGCCGCCGGCCUUUGA